ACUUUGAAGCUGGCGGUUGGGCCAGACUCCAACGACUCCACACCAACGGACCUACCGACCGACCGAGGGGAGCGGAGGAAAGUCGGGUUAAACGGGGUUAAAUCUCAAGAAACGGAGCCUUAAACCAACACAAAGUGUGAAAAGACAAGUUCUGCUUUCAGUACAGCCCGCUUCCUCCCGGCUUCACCUCUUUUAUCUCGUAGAAACCGGUAGAAAGCACAGUGGGAUAGUGAUUGGAGUUGACAAGCCCGCUCCACUACUGUAUCUCCUCUUCCUCCUCCUACUCCUCCUCCUCCUCCUCUCCCGCUUCCACACAACCAGGAAAUCGUCGAGGUGUGCUUCUCUUUACACCGCUAGUUGCUACCCCGUUUGCGGGUGUAGAUGCGCCCCUUUUUCACCGAUUUUUCCUCGUUUUUUUAUCCACUAGUGUGACUUUUUUAAAGGCCGGUCUUCAGCUCUGAAGUCAGCUCUGAACUCACCCUCUGAGGAGAGAGAGAGGAGCUCCACUCUGGACGAACAAUGAGUGAGUCGAGUAUUUGCCAGGCUCGGGCCACUGUGAUGAUCUAUGACGAUGGCAAUAAGAAGUGGCUGCCGGCGGGCGCUGGACCCCAGUCCUUCAGCAGAGUCCAGAUCUAUCACAACCCUUCCACCAAUGCCUUCAGGAUAGUGGGACGGAAGAUGCAGGCGGACCAGCAGGUGGUUAUAAACUGUCCAAUCGUGAAAGGUCUCAAGUAUAACCAGGCCACACCCAACUUCCACCAGUGGCGGGACGCCCGGCAGGUGUGGGGGCUCAACUUUGGCAGCAAAGAGGAUGCUACUCUAUUCGCCAACGGCAUGGCUCACGCUCUGGACGUGCUCACCUCCAUGUCAGACGCAGGCUAUGCGACCCUCCCCCGCCCAGUGUCAAAUGGACCGACUCCAGAAGAGCUUGAACAACAGCGAAGGAUGGAGCAGCAGAGGCUGGAGCAGCAGGAACGGGAGCGACAGGAGAGAGAAAGACAGGAGCGGGAGCAGCAGGAAAGAGAGAGACUGGACAGAGAAAGACAAGCUCCUGCAGUCAACAUUCCUCCACCUCCACCGUUGCCCUCUGGAGGCAACAUUCCUCCUGCCCCUCCUCCUCCCCCUUGCCCUCCUCUUCCAGCUGCUGGCGUCCCUCCCCCGCCUGGACCACCUCCACCGGCCCCGCCCCCGCCCCCCAUGGGAGGCGUUGGUGGAGGAGGUGGUAGUGGUGGAGGAGGUGGCGGUGGUGGUGGUGGAGGAGGAGGCGGUGGUGGUGUUGGGGGACUUGGAGGAGACUUGGCGGCUGCCUUAGCAGGAGCUAAACUCCGUAAAGUAUCCAAGCAGGAGGACGGAGGCUCUGCAGCUCCACUAGGCAGGGCUGACUCCAGCCGCGGCAGCAACUCCUCUAUUGGAGGAGGAGGAGGAGGAGGUGGUUUGAUGGGUGAAAUGAGUGCCAUCUUGGCACGAAGGAGAAAAGCUACAGACACUGGAGAGAAGCCCGCUGCCAAGACACAAGAUAAUGAUGAUUCAGAGCCUCAAGGUCAAAGCGACACCCUGAGAAGACCUUGGGAGAAAUCGACUUUGCCCAGGAAUAACUCCGUCCACAAGAGCAUGGACUCCACCCCCUCAUUGUCCCAAGGUUCCAGGCCGAAGCCCGCAGGCAAUAACACUAAUGAUGCAGGUGGAAUGGACGACUCAGAUUUAGAGAAAAUGAAACAGGAGAUCCUGGAGGAGGUGCGGAAAGAACUACAAAAAGUCAAGGAGGAAAUUAUUGGAGCCUUUGUUCAGGAGCUGCAAAAGAGAAGCACAUAGUUCUGCUGAGUGUCAGGUGUAACGGAGGGAUGUGAUAGAUGGAGGUGGUUGAGGACCGUCGGGACCUCUCCUCCACUGCGCCCUCCCAUGUAGCCCAGGGAUUUCUCUUCUUCUCCUACACAUUUUCUCUUCUCUCGCUCUCUCUUAUACAAACACAUGUGAGCAUACUUGCUUAUGUGUACAUCAUGCAUAUUCACUUCAUGUAAAAUGGUAACCCAGGGAACUUCCUCACGUCGCCAUCCGGCACUUUUGAUGAUCACUCACUAAUAAUGCGGCGAUGAUCCCAUCUAUCCCAUCUCUCCCCUGAUCAUUCAUCCCGUCCCCUUGUGUCCUCUAUGUGUUCUGUUCAUCCUAACCAAAUCAGAGCGCAUAGCUACAGCCACAGUUGCUCUUCCAAUUCGUCAUCAUGUACAUCAUAACCCUCUUUUCUGCAGAAAUCCUGCUACUUGUGUCUUCUCCCUUCUGCUAUCAGAAGCACCAUUUACUGAUAGAGCAGUCUUCAGUAUUCAGGGACAAUGUAUUAGUCACAUUUUUACUGUAAUAGCAAGAUGCUGGCAUGCUGGGAUCCUUUUUCUCUCUCAGUUGGAAAAAACAAUUGUUCAACCUCAAACACUGCUACAGAUAGUUCAGUUCAGACAUCUGCUAGUAGGUUAUUGUCUCUAAUGGUAGUUGGAGGAAAAACAACAAUAAUCAAGGAUGGAUCAGAGACACCCAACUCCCUGACUACUGCAGUGUCGCUCCAUCAAGUGGACUUUCAGCUCCUAGCAAUGGCUAAGAACUAAAACAGCACAACACAAGCCUUCACUGCUGCAAGAUAGAGGAAGAGGAGACAAGCAAAGGGAAUCUGAUGGACAACAUGAGUGCUGUGAAAGAGGAGUGUGUUGUAGUUUUAUGAUGUGUGAGAAAUUUAUUCUCUUUGCAUUGCACUUGUUCCAGAGGAAGUGUGUCUGUGUGCCACACUGCCUUGACAGACUAUUCCCUUUCACUCAAAAUGAGAUAUUUGUUGGCCAGUGCAGUGGUCCUACACUGUGCUUCCGCUAGUUUUUUUUUCUUCCAUUCUAGCUAUGUUUUCUAACUUUGAAACAAGAAAAAUGGCCAUGAUGAGGUCAAUUAAUUUGGCCAUGACCAACUGCCUUGAGAAUAAAUAUAUAAAUAUAUAUAUAUAAGGAAAAAUAUAUAUUUGUUUUGAGGGAAAAUGUUAGCAAAAAUGAAAUGGUGUUUCUAUUUUAAUUGAAAUGACUGGUGAAUGGGGUUUUUGUUUUCCUUUUUUUUUUUUUUCAAUGAUUGUUUUUCUUAUGAAAUGUUAUUUUGGGUUUCUUUUUUCUAAUAGAGUCUAGGCUUUUUACACUGAAAUAUUAAGAAAACAGCUUAGAGACACUGGAUUAGAAAUGCCUUUAUAGUCGAAUACAGCUGCUUCUUGAAAAUGCAUUACUUUGUCUUGAGUCAUCUUUUGCAUCCUGUUGUAAAGAUUUCUUUGAAUUCAGACUAAUGAAAUUUUAUGAACUGUAUUGCACAAGCUUAGAAAUGUUAUGGAAUAGAAAAAUAAAAAUGCAAUUUUUUUAAAUUAAAAAAAUAUUUAACUUU